AUGUAUAGACUAAUAGCGCUAUGCACUUUACUAUCGGCCAGUAAUGCAUUAUUUCAUCAUCAUCACCAUGCUGUAUCACAUCAGGAAGUGAUCAAACACGAUGGACCUCACCAUCCAGUACAUAUACAUCAUCCGGUACCUGUUCAUCAUGUGCCCAUCUUGCAUCAUGUACCAGUAGCACCAAUCCAUCAUGUUCCUCACCAUGUGCCACACCAUAUACCGCACCAUGUUCCACAUCAUGAUCAUUAUUCAUUCCCAGAAUACAAGUUCGCGUAUUCGGUUCGCGACCAUCACACUGGUGACGUGAAGUCGCAGCACGAACACCGCCACGGUGAUGUCGUCCACGGGGGAUACGAGCUGGUCGAGCCAGACGGUCGUUACAGAAAAGUGGAAUACAAGGCGGAUGAUCACACUGGG